AUGUUUACUUAUCCAAGUUUCAUGUACGAACCAAGUACUCCACCAUCAUUUUAUCCUCGUACAAGGAAUUAUCCAUGUUCUUAUUAUCAUAAUAAUUAUAGCCCAUUUUAUAAUCAACCUGAACUUUUUUAUUAUUCUACUCCGCGAAAUCAUUUUCCAUUUGAUGAAGAAGACCAAAGGGAACAAUUAUUGAGGGAACAAUUUUUACGAAAACAACAAGAACAUGAAAGAGAACAAGAAUUAGAACGAUUGAAAAGAUUUUAUGAUCAUAAAGCAAGGCAACAGAAACAACCGGAAGCAUCAACAUAUAACACCAAUUAUCAACCAAAAAAAUCGUUUAAAGUAAAAAUUCAAAGUGAUGAGGACGAAACAAAAGCUAAAAUCAAUGCAGCUCAUAAAAUAUAUAAUUUUAUUAAGAAUCAAUCAGCAAAUAAACAAACUCAUAAAAUAUUAAAUAAAUUAUAUAUACUUCAUAAAAUUGAGAAUGAAUUAAAGGAAAUUCAAAAAACGAAAUAUUUAGGAAAUUUAACAUUUGAUAAAGAAAAUGGGAAACAAAUUUUACCAAUUUCAAUCGACAAUAAAAAUUUCUUGGAAUAUGAAAAUAAAAUUGUUAAAUCAUUUGAUAAAUUGGAUGAAAUACAAAGCGAAGGUGUUGAUAUUAUUCGUGAUAGAAGAAAAUUCCUUGUAAAAUUUGCUCAAACGUUAUUAGAUGAAUUGGACAUUGAAAAAGAAAAUCAAUGGAAAGUAUUCAGUGAAAAUCAAUCAAAUUUGAAUACAACAAAUGAUGCCGCUCCAAUUAUAACCCCUAUAUCAAAAAAAUUAGAAUCAGAAAAAAUAGAAAAUCCAAAUGAAAAUGUUGAUACCUUUUUACGAAUAAUAUGA